AUGAAUACCUCAGAGGAAGUUAAGUUGAUCUAUCCUGGCACUACCAUAUCACAAGUUAGUGCAAUUCAGAGUGUAGUAGAGGAAAUAGAAGGAACACAGCCUCACAUAAAUAACAGCUUAAGAGAAGACCUAGCUAAACUACUAGCAGCAUCAAAAACAAACCUCACCGGCCAACAAUACGAGGAACUGAGACAUCUUGUGCAAAAGUAUGAAGGUGUGUUUGCUGCAUCAGACUUGGGGCGAACAGAUGUCGUGAAACAUAAGAUCAAUACAGGAGGUGCUCGUCCGAUAAAACAGCAUUUACGACGUAUCCCAGGCAAUAUGGGACAAGAAGUUGACAAAGUAGUGCAGAACAUGCUCGACCGAGGUAUUAUCAAGAAAUCCUCUAGUCCUUGGAGCUCAGGCAUUGUUUUGGUCAAGAAAAAGGAUGGGACAAUGCCGUUUUGCGUAGAUUACAGACGACUUAACGCUACUAGAUACCGAUGCGAGCAAUGGCGCUAUCGGUGCAGUGUUGUCUCAGAUAGUGGAUGA